AACAGCCAUAACCUCAAUAUUACCUUCAUUUCAUUUGUAGUUUGUAUGGUCUAAUUAAUUGUUAUAGUAAAUUUUUGUUUUGUAAAGCGAAUUCCGACUGUUAAUGAGAAUUAUUUUAAUCUACAGCAUUGAGUAGGCUUGAUUGUUAUUUAAGGUAGUACAGAGCCAAUUGUAGGAGAGGCGUAAAAAUGAAGAUUAACAAAGACGUCAGGCUUCUUAUGAAGCCUUAUUACUACAUCAAUAUUUUACUCAGUGCAUCUUAUAUUGCUGCCAAAAAGUUACCCUUCUUGUGUCAAUACACAUUUCCACGAUCAGAGUCACAGUGUGAAUUUGAUUCGAGAGAAUCAGAAAUCCUAUUCUUCCUCAUGAUUGUUGUCAUGAUACGAACACGGAAGGCUGGAAGUGUCACAAUGAUCAAUUAUCUGUCUUCAAGUUUCAUGUACACCAAAGUCGCAAAUUUAAUACUGUGGUUUUAUGCUGACAUUAGGAUGGGAAUAUUUUUUGGGAUACUUUUGAUAUUGGUUGGCCUUUUAUUGCCAGAACCUGCUUACAAAGGGCCAGAAAACGUAGUGUAUUUCCGAACAGCUCAAGGAGUUGAAGACGAGAUCAUGAGGAACAAGAAGAUCUGCUGGCUAGUGACGUUUUACACUGCUUGGAACCCUGCUUGUGUCAACUUCGCUCCAGUCUUCUCCCAGCUCUCCGUAGAAUACCAUCUAGAGAACCUGAAUUUUGGCAAGAUUGACAUCGGACGUUACCCAGAUGCGGGGAAAAAGUAUUAUGUAAAUGACUCGCCCAUGAGCAGACAGCUUCCUACAGUGAUUCUAUUUAAAGAGGGCAAAGAAGUUAUGAGGAGACCAAUGAUUGAUGCUAAAGGAAAGCUUCAGAAGUUCUUCUUCUCUGAGGACAAUGUAAAAGCCGCAUUUGAUUUGAAUAAUCUCUACAAUGAGUGCAAAAACAAUCCAUUGAAGAAAAAGAAGGAAUUGACAGACCAUCAGAAGAGUGAAUAAAGUCCCUUUACCAAAUACGGUAGUCCUUUAAGUCAAUUUGGUAUAUUAGUGUUACCUACCAAAAAAAUUUUAAUGAGAAAUAACGUUGAUUCAUCUUAAACAUUAGAGUUGACUGUAACAGGUUUGAGAAAUGUAAAUUAUACAUUUUGUCCUCAACUAAACAAACACAUAUUUGUGUUUAUGGAUGUUAAUCAGAUUGGUCAAAGUACACUGUCAACAUAAAUGUUCCUUGAAUAUUAAUUAAUUGUUUGUUGAAUCUGUGGAGGUGUUAUGCUAUGUGUAACUUUAUUAUAGUAGCAUUUAUGCUACAUAUUGGGUGAAAUUAUUCUUUCAGUUAAAAGUGAAAGGAUUGCUUGAUAACAAAAUUGUCAAACAUAAAAUUAAAUUAGUUUACACCUUAAAUUUAUUAAAAUUUAAACUUUUAUCUGAGUUAGUUUAUAAUUUUCUGACUACAAACAGGGGUUGGACAAUAGGCCUGACUAAAGUAAAAACAGUUGUCGCUCAAAGUGACUGAUUUUCAAAUGAGAACUGUAGUUACGGUCACCAAGAGUGCCUCAAGUUCAAUUUCAUAAAUUUAGGAGAGGGGAGAGAUUAAGAGAAAGUUUGAAGGAUGACAGAGAGUGGCCAGUUAGAGAGUUAACUUUGUCCCGUUACUAAAUUUUAAAUCUUCAAUGAUCUGCUUUUGACAUCAUAAUUACAGCCUUGAGACUUCUUCGUUGACAUGAUUUUGAGCAUCAAACUAAUAAUGUUUCACCUAAACUAAUCUAAAGUCAUAGGUUGUAUUUCAAAUCUAGUGUGAUUUUGACACUGUCUUAUUGGCCCCCCUCUAAUUCAACGCUAGUAUAGCAACAUGUUUUCCCUGCAAAAUACCUCCUCCAUACCUCCCCUGUUAGUAGAGUAAAUCUCUCUCUCUCUUUCCCCCUUCUCCCACACAUUAGUAUUGAGUAAGUGAGCCGAUACUCCAUAGCAAUGCAAAUAGGAUGGACCAGACCUAUCAUCCAAUUCCCAUAAAAGAAAGUAUUUUUUUCAGAUUAAGCAGUUAUUUUUUUCAAGUGCACAAAGUUGUAUUAGUAGUUAAUGUAUCUGAUAGUUUUAGUAUGAUAAUAUUUUUGUUGGGCAUCACUCACCUU